AUGGGUGCGCUGCAGGUGUUCGUAGUGCUUUCCAGUGGCUCAGGCGACUUGUGGCCGGCUGCAUGGAAAACGGAGAGGGAGAUUGCCUUCACAAGCACCUGCGAGGAUCCGUUCGAUCGGUCAAUUCUCUAUACCGUCUCCAUGGACGGUGGUGAGCCCAAGAAGCUUUUCGAAGGAGAGUACGAUGCAAUAGCGUUUGGCCCAACUGGUGGCAUCUUGGUGGGUCGUCACACCAAGGACACGCCACGAACCCUUUGGAAGGGCUAUCGCGGGGGUCAGCAUGGCUUCUUGUGGAUCGACAUCGGUUCCGGAGUUUUCACGCAAGUUGACAUGAAUGAUUCUGGCAGUGAUUCUUACCUGAAUAUCAGUUAUGUGACUUGGCAGCACGAUCGGUUGUUUUUUAUUGCAGAUCCAGAUGGGUCGGGCAACGUCUGGAGCACGGGCUUGGAUGGCCAGGAUCUGCGAAAACACACGUUUCAUGAUUUCUUCGAUGUGAGAUGCUUGCGGGGUGAUCUAGCAGAUGAAUUGGUGUACACUGUAGGCGGUGAGCUGUGGCACCUUAACCUGGCUACAUCAACGGCGGAACGUAUUUGGCUAGAUCUUGGCCACUGCCACGCAAAUCUCCCCAGGGGCCUGGAGGCUUCAGCAUGGAUUGAUUCUGUUGUAUUGCAUCCAGGUGGACAUACAGUCUCCUGUCUAUGCAGGGGCAGUGUUUAUGAAAUGGCUUUGUGGGAGGGCCCCGCGGUGCAGCUGCUGCAGCACCAGCACGACUCAGGCAAACAGGGCCUGGAAGAUGCAGAUUCCACCCCACCUCGGACAUCCAUGAACUGCGCCGUGCGUUGCGUAGCAGUGGAGUAUCUUUUCAGUGGUCGGCUUCUCACAGUGACGGAGGCUCAUUCCGACGACGGCAUAAGUUUUGAUCAUUGGGUAUUUGUCCUUCACCCUCCUCCAUGUCGUCCAUCCGACCGCGAAAGCGCCGAUGAAGCGGCAAUGUCGCCGAUAGAGGUCUUGCAUGGUUUCCUGGUCGAUCUCGGGAGUGCCGCACAGAAGUUCACUUGCUGCGAAAUUCAGGGACAGAUCCAGAGCAUGACUGCGUCUCCAGCACACGAUGCAAUAUUGAUAGUCACCUCUCGGAACCAGAUAUGGAUCAUGGAGCUCCUCAGUGAUGGGCAGAAGCCUUCUCCGCAAGACCCUUGCGCGAAGCUGGAUGCACUCAUCACUGCCGAGACACGGCUGAUGGACUCUAGUGAUUGGGAGGAAGGAAUUUCAGAUCCCUGCUGGUCGCCGGAUGGCGCAUGGAUAUGUUACUGCCGGAGGGGCUCUGCUCAUGGUUCGUCUGUUGUGCUGAUCAAUGUAGAGACUUCUGCCCAGACAGUGGUGGCAGACGGUACAUUCUCGAACAGGUGUCCUGCAUUUCAUCCAGAGGGCCUCUACUUAGCUUUUCUUUCCGCGCGACACUUCGCUCCGCUUGAAGACGCAGUGACCGCCGAUUUGACCUUUGCAUCUGGCACAGAACUCCCUUUCCUGGUGCUUUUGGCAAGUGACACUCCGAACCCCUUAGUGCGAAUGAGGGCCUCACCUGCAAAACUGGAUGAAGAAGCCGACUCCCCGACUGAUACAGAUUCGGCUUCGGACAACUUUGAGGAGCCGCUGCAAGUGCGGAUUGAUGCGGAAAACAUAGAGACAAGAGUUCUGCAGUUGCCAGUGGAGCCAGGCAAUUACGCCACUUGCGCUUGGACAGCAGCCGGCCAGUUGUUAUACUUGAGAGAGAAGCAGUUUGCAUCAAACCCAUACGUUGUUGACGACGAGGAUGAGCCAGAGGCCAAGAACACGUUAUUCGUUUUCGACCUGGACAAAUUAAAGGAAAUUCAGCUUUGGGACAAUGUGACGAGUAUCAGCACAAGCUUAGACAGGGAGAAUGUGCUCUUGUGCGCUCAAGACGAAGAUGAUGCAUAUUUUGUGGUGAAGGCAGGCACUGGAGUGCCGGAGGAGGAUGUGGACAUGUCAAAGCCAGGUUCCGAAUCUGGAAUGCUUGACUUCGACCGGCUUUCCAUCCAGGUGGUUGACAUAGAGGAGUGGCGAUCGAUGUUUCGCACCGUAAGCUGUUUUGUUUCAGAGCAGUUGUUCGACGAGCAAUGCGGAGGAAUAGACUGGAAAGACACGUGCAAAAGAUAUUGGGCAAUACUCCCACGCAUCCGGAGCAGCGUUGAGUUCGAGGACUUGUGUGGCGAGAUGCUGUCCGAGCUGGGAUUGAGCCAUGUCAGCUUCACACUAGGCACCGAGGAGGGUGACAAGAUGCGGACCCACUGCAAGCAUUUGGGCAUAGAUGUUUCCUGGCGGAAUUUGGAGGGUGGAGGCGCCUAUCGUGUGGACGAAGUGCUGCGAGGGGACGUUUGGGACAAAGAGUUUUGCGGCCCUGCUGCAAGGCCUGGUGUGGGUAUGACAGAAGGGGCCCUGAUCCUGGCUGUGAACCGCGUGAGGGUAGCGGAAGACGUCCCAAUUUCUCAGAUGCUGGCCGACACGUCGUCUGCAGAAGUUUUCCUGACCUACGUGCCUGCUCAUGAUGUUCCUUCGUUUGCCAAACUGCAGAAAGCUUUGGCGCAACACGGUGGUGCCGAUGGCCUCAGACGUCUUCGCGGGCAGUCGCAUGCCACUAAGACACACAAAAAGCGUGGCCAUGCCGGGAGCAGUGGGAGGACCGUUGAGAACGGCCGUCCUGGCAGGAAUCACAGGGCCAGAGCAAGUGGCAAAGCCGAUGACUUUGAGAGAGAGCUUGAGGCUCUCUUCAAGCGUCUGGAGAUUUCCACAGAGCCUGUCUGUCGAACAGCUCGCAUUAGUACAGCAGGAGCGAACACUAUGCGCAACGUUCGCAUGAGAGACCUGGUUGAAGCAAGACGCCGCAAAGUUCACGAGUCAACACACGGCCGGGUCGGCUACCUUUAUGUUCCUGAUACCACUCGCUUGGGCUUCGCGGAGUUCUAUCGCUCCUUUGCCCAAGAAGCCAGCCGAGAUGCUUUGAUCAUUGACCUGCGCUGCAACAAGGGAGGCUUCGCAUCGGAACUGUUCUUGAAGCAGCUGCAAUGCGGUUUUCUCGGCUGGACGGUUCCUCGCCCUGGUCGGAUGCCGACACGCUGUCCAGAACUCUGCACCAGCGGAAAGCUUGUGCUUCUCGUUGAUGAAAACACCUGCUCAGAUGGAGAAGCAUGCGCCGAAGCAUUCCAACGAUUCAAGCUGGGAGUUGUUGUGGGCGUGAGGACGUGGGGCGGCGUCACAGCAGUUGGUGCUUCUGAUCUUGACCUUCUGGACGGGAGCCAGCUUAUCCUGCCAGACUCUCACUACUUCAUCCCUGGACCGACAGGGUAUGGUCUCGAGAAUUGGGGUGUGAUGCCUGACAUCCUGUCACAGUGGCCACCUGGCUGCCUUGCGGGUGCCGAUCCGCAACUGGCUGAAGGCAUAGCUCAGGCAAUGCGGCAGCUCCCUGCAGACUGUGGCCGCCCCAAGUUGCCAACCUUCCCUCGAACGCGACUUCAUCGGCGAGGCUGA